AUGUUUCUCCUCACUCCAGUCUUGGUAGCAGUUGUCUGUAUCUUGGUUGUAUGGGUCUUUAAAAAUGCCGACAGGAGCCUGGGGAAAAAGGAGGAGGAGGCUCAAGCUCAGCCCUGGGUGGAUGAGGACUUGAAAGACAGCACGGAACACCCUCAAGUGGAAGAAGAUGCUGAGGAAUGGCAAGAGUCAGAGGAGAGCGUGGAACACAUCCCAUUCUCUCACACCCGAUACCCAGAGCAGGAAAUGAGGAUGAGAUCCCAGGAAUUCUAUGAGCUCCUCAAUAAGAGACGCUCUGUCAGGUUUAUCAGCAGCAAGCAAGUCCCAAUGGAAGUCAUUGACAACGUCAUCAAAGCAGCAGGAACAGCUCCAAGUGGGGCCCACACAGAGCCCUGGACUUUUGUGGUUGUGAAGGACCCAGACAUGAAGCAUAAGAUCCGAGAGAUAAUCGAGGAGGAGGAAGAAAUAAAUUACAUGAAAAGGAUGGGAAAGCGGUGGGUCACAGACCUGAAGAAACUGAGAACCAACUGGAUUAAGGAGUACUUGGACACUGCCCCGGUUCUGAUCCUUGUUUUCAAACAAGUCCACGGUUUUGCUGUGAACGGAAAGAAAAAGGUCCACUACUACAAUGAGAUCAGUGUGUCCAUCGCCUGCGGCAUCCUGCUAGCUGCAUUGCAGAAUGUAGGGCUAGUGACGGUCACUACCACUCCCCUCAACUGUGGUCCUCGUCUGAGGGUUCUCCUGGGCCGCCCCUCACAUGAGAAACUGUUGGUGCUGCUUCCUGUGGGGUACCCCAGCAGAGAUGCCACAGUGCCUGACCUCAAGCGGAAAGCUCUGGACCAGAUCAUGGUGACAGUAUAG